AGAAAGAGAAGGACAAGAAGAAGAAACCAGGAAAAGCGGUGCGCGCCAUGCAGGAGGCAUUGAGGAAGAUGAAGGAAGAAGAGGAGAAACGGAAAGCAGAGGAGGAGGCCCGGAUCAAAGCCGCGGAGCUGGCCGAGGAGAGACGGCUGGAGAAGCUCCGGCUGGAGAAGGAGAAGAAGGAACGAGAGAAGCAGAAGAAGAAGGAGCGGAUCGAGCGACUGAAGAAGGAGGGCAAGUACCUGACCAAGAGCCAGAAGCAGGACAAGGCGAGAGCCGAAGCCAUGCUUGAAGCCCUCAAGCAGCAAGGGGUGGAAGUGCCCAGCAAGGAGACAGCGACCGAGGAGAGCAAGAAGAAAGUCCGCUAUGGUGCCCGGGAGAGAAAAAAGAAGAAAGAUCAGAACAUAGAGGGUACCCAGCCAUCUCAAAUUUCAGAGUCAGCAGAGCAGGGCGUGGAGCUGCAGCGUGAAGACUCAGAGGAGAAAUCGGAGGAGACUAAAGAACAAGAGGCAGAAGAUGAGGUUGCUAUGGAAACCGAAGUCAAGGAAGAGGCUGGGGAGGAGGAAGAAGUGAAGGAUUCGUGGGAUGCAGAAGCCUCGGAUGAAGAUGAGGACCAUGACCAAGUUGCAGAUAAACAUGAGAAGUCAUCCCAAGUCAUCAUCCCAACCACUGAAAUCACCACCAAAUCCACCAAGGACGCAGGGGAGGGAGACGAGAAUGAAGAUGAGGAGGAAGACAGUGAAGAGGCGAGCAGCAGCGAAGAGGAGGAGGAGGAGGAAGAGGAAUCGGAGAGUGAAUCCGAGUCGGAAUCGGAGUCAGACUCUGAGGAUGAACGGCCAGCGGUCGAGAAAGCCAGGGACAAAAUCAGACAACGGAUCCAGAAACGAAGGGAAGAAGCAGAGGCCAAGAGGUCUACAGAUAAUCUCAGGUCACCCGUGGUGGUAGUCUUGGGACAUGUAGACACCGGCAAGACCAAGAUUCUAGACAAGAUCCGUCACACCCAUGUCCAAGACGGUGAGGCAGGAGGCAUCACACAGCAGAUUGGAGCUACCAUGGUGCCACCAGAGGCCAUUAGGGAGCAGACCAAGAUGUGCCGGCAGUUUGCCAAGGAAGAGCUGAAAAUCCCUGGCCUGUUAAUCAUCGACACCCCCGGCCAUGAAUCCUUCAGCAACCUGCGGUCACGAGGCUCGUCCCUCUGCGAUAUUGCCAUCUUGGUGGUGGACAUCAUGCACGGAUUGGAGCCCCAGACCAUCGAAUCCCUCAACCUCCUCCGCUCGCGCAAGACGCCUUUUAUCGUAGCAUUAAAUAAGAUUGAUGUGCUGUAUGAAUGGAAGAGCAGUCCACACACAGACAUUGCCAACACCAUCAAGAAACAGAAAAAGCACACCAGAGAUGAGUUCGAGGAGCGGGUCAAAAUGGCCAUCACGGCAUUUGCUGAACAGGGUCUGAAUGCCGCCCUGUUCUACGAGAACCCAGACACCAAGACGUACGUCUCCCUGGUGCCCACGUCUGCCCAUACAGGGGAUGGCAUGGGCAACCUGAUUGCCCUCCUGAUAGAAUUCAGCCAGACAAAGCUAGCCAAGAGACUAGCCUUCUCUGAAGAACUGCAGUGCACAACGCUAGAGGUGAAGUCGCUACCAGGUCUCGGGACCACGGUGGAUGUGGUGUUGGUGAACGGUCGGCUUCACGAAGGCGACACCGUGAUUCUAGCCGGUCAGGAGGGACCCAUCAUGACACCAGUCAGGGGCUUGCUCAUGCCGGAGCCCCUGAGAGAGCUCAGAGUGAAGAAUCAGUAUAAGAAGUUCAAGGAGGUGAUUGGAGCUCAGGGAGUCAAGGUACUAGCCAGGGACUUGGAGAAGGCUCUAGCUGGCAUGCCACUGCUAGUCGCUCAACAUCCCGACGAAGUCGACGCACUUAAGGACGAGGUAGCCCAGUUACUUAAAGAAGCAUUGACUUCCAUCAAACUGGCAGACCUAGGGGUGUAUGUCCAGGCUUCCACACUAGGAUCCCUAGAAGCUCUCUUGGAGUUCCUCAAAACCUCUCAAAUACCAUAUGCUGGUAUUUCUAUUGGACCGGUUCACAAGAAAGAUGUCAUGAAAGCAUCGGUCAUGCUGGAACGCGAUAGCCAGUACGCGGUCAUCCUGGCCUUUGACGUCAAGGUGGAGCGGGACGCCCAGGAGAUGGCGGACCGGGAGGGCAUCAGGAUCUUCACGGCCGACAUUAUCUACCACCUCUUUGAUAAGUUCAUGGCCUACCGGGAGGAGAUGCGGCAGCGGCAACGAGAGGAGAACAAGCACAUCGCCAUCUUCCCCUGCAAGCUGCGUAUCCUGCCGCAGUACAUCUUCAAUGCCCGCAAUCCCAUCGUGGUGGGCGUCAACGUGGAGAGUGGCAUCUGCAAAGUGGGCACACCCAUCUGUGUGCCUUCCAAAGACAAUAUCCUUCUUGGGGCAAUAUCAAGCAUAGAGGUCAAUCACAAGGGUGUGGAGCUAGCCCACAAAGGCCAGGAAGUCUGUGUCAAGAUUGAACACACAGGCAGCGGUGACGCACCCAAGAUGUACGGUAGACACUUUGACAGCCAGGACCUUCUCAUCAGCAGGAUAUCCCGCGAGUCCAUCAACGCAGUCAAGAAAUACUUCCGAGAUGACCUGGAAAAGGCCGACUGGCAGACAAUGAUAGAACUCAAGAAACUCUUGGGAAUCAUAUGAAGAAAAACAGACUCAGUGCUGCCUCCCGAUCUAACCUGGAAAUCUCCCGCUACAGAUUUGUCAUCAAAACGGUUCUACAAGGUGCAGUACAGAACAUCUGCAGACAACAUUUGUGACUGAACACAGGAACUAUGUAAAGGAGGCGUGGGGGAGACAGUAAAGCUGUGGAUAAUAGGAAAUGAAAAGAAGCAAGUCUUGAUAGUUGUAUGGAAACCCCAGGAAGGCUACAACACUACCUGUGAAACAGAUGAUCAGUGAAAUUUCAGUCACAAUGAUGACUCUUGUGAACUUGAGAAAAAGGCAGGGCACCAUCAUGGGCAACUUUGAUUUGGUGUUAGCCUUGACAUCACACUAACAGCAUACCAUCAUUUGAUCAGUGCUUCCUGGAAGACUUAUAAAGGCAUUGAGUCAGAUGGGAGACAGAUUGAUGGAGGCACAUUUUGAAUGGAGAUGAUGCUAUGUGAGGCAAACACCAAAAAACAGGCAUGAAACAUGGAAGAUGGUUCUGCCAGCUUUCCAGUGGAGGGCAGAAAUGAAGCAAAGAGAACUGUGUGCUGCUCAUAAUCUGAAAAAAUAGCAUAGAUUUGGCUUCGUUUAUUUCCUGUCACAGAAUAGCAUGUCCUUUGCUCGUAACUUUUACAUAGACAUGUUUAACACGCAACAGAAGUCAUGGGUGGAGUCGUAGGGGAACUUAACCUGGGUAUUUCUGGUCCAGAGAAGUAAGGACAGUCUGAUUGAGGAUGGGUUUCUUCAUAUUGUCCUUCAAUUUAGAUUGGACGACCUUCCCAACAUUGAGAUUUUGUGUGUCUUUGAUUGUUGGAUGCACAUUUUCAAGGAGAUAUACCCUAAAGGGGUGAACUUUUUUCCGUGAAAUUAGAUUCUGUCUUCUUCUGUUUUUAUCGCUCUGAAUUAUUUGGGAUAUUUUCUUACCUCUGACAAGGAUGGUCUGUUUCUUGACCCUGUUAUUGUCACCUUGUUUGGUCUUACGAUUUUUUUGUUGUGUGCAGUUUAAUUCAGUGGCCAUUAUGUAUUGCCGUUUAUUCCCUAUUCAUGAAUGGAUUGCACUCCUCCAUUGUGUUUCAAAAAUCAUGGUGAACUGCAGGAACUAGGGAAUACCGAGACAGGAAAGAUGCCUGAAGAGUGCAAAGUUCCUUUGUAUUGAGGAAAGAUGAAACAAAGCUUGGAAUAAGUCGAAUGUUCAUUUUCUCUUCUUGCAAAUGACAGCAGUAUGCACUGUUCAGCCACAGUUGCAUAGUCUACUCAAAGCAGAACCUAAAGUAACAAGUUCAACAGUAUUUGUGCGAGUAAAUAAACAUUCUCAGUGUCAUUUCUCUGAUUGCACAAGCAUGGCUUCAUAUUUUUAAAAACAUUUCAUGAUCAGCUCUUAAAAUUUCACCUACAGACCAUAAUAAUGCCAGUUUUUCAGGGAUUUCUUGCAGGAAAUGGUGCUAGGGGGCAAUUUUAUUUCCAUAUUUUUGUACCUGUAGUCAUUGGCAGAUCCUUUGCAUUUUAAAUUGUGCAAUGGCAGAGCUGUGACAGCAGUGGAUCAAACAUGUACUGGAUGAUAUGAUAAGCACCACUGUGUAAUGAUAUUUUUAUGUAAAUUUGUGGAGGGGAAGGCCCCACAUCGAUCUCUCUGUUGUUUAUGAGGUGGGUUUUUUUUUUAACGAGACACCUCCAAUUCAAAAAUUUACAGUGUGUUUACUUCUCUUUCCUUCAUUUUUGCGUGUAACCCCCAACACCUGACAUUCUGGUACUGGCCAAAACCGAUCAUGUUCUGUGGAUUUUAAAACCUCAAUAGAUUGAAAGAAGCAUCAUAAUUAACCAACUGGUUUGAGAGUGUGCUAAUCUAUCUCGAUGUAUCACCCCCUCAAGUUACCCACUCGUGCCUUACUCCCCACGUUUGUUUGUUUUUUCUGAUUUAGGGUAUUUAUGCUUUUAAUCGUUAUAUGUUAACCAUGUUGUCAGCUGAGAAGAUUGUUGAAAGUUCUUUAACCGUUGCUGAAACACUGCUUUAUGUGGUUUCCAUUGAACGUGACACAGAAUUGUAUAGUCCCCGUUCCUGGAUCUUUAAUAGACCUCUUUACUGAUGAUGCCACACUUGGUGUUUUUCUGUGAUGCUCUGUGGAUUGUGGUCCCCAGUGGCUGCAUAGAAAAGUUCAUACAUAAAGAAGUGUGACAUCAUCAAUACACAGGCCUCUUGGAUCUUCUUCCAGUGUCUUACUGUUAAACACUGCAAAGAGAUAGAUAUAUAUUUUCUAAAACCCUCAGGCUCACAAACAUUUGUCUACAUCUGUAAAUUUCAAGAUGACGCAGCAAACGAAACAUGUCUGCAUCUUUGCUUUUAAGACAGGAGCAAGUUGAAGUUUAAGACAGAAGUUGUUAAUAAUAAACAAUGCUAUAUGAAAAAAUAA